AUGGCCCUGGACGGCGAGCGGGGGGAACAAGAGGAGGAGAAGAAAAAGAAGAAGAAGAAAAAGAAGAGGAAGAAGAAGAAGGAGGAGGAGGGGGCUAAGAAGAGCAGCUCACCCUUCGUGGCCACGAUGGGGGAGAACGACGCCGCGCUCCGGGCCGGCGGCAGGGGGCUCUCGGACCCGUGGGCGGACUCCGUGGGGGUACGACCCCGCACCACCGAGCGCCACAUUACGGUGCACAAGCGGCUAGUGCUGGCCUUCGCCGUGUCCAUCGUGGCGCUGCUUGCGGUUACUAUGCUCGCGGUGCUGCUCAGCUUGCGCUUCGACGAGUGUGGGGCAAGCAUACCGCCCGGUGCCGACGGCGGCCCCGCGGGCUUCCCAGCGCGCGGCGGCAACGAGAGCCUUCCGGGUUCUUCACGGCGCGACCACCACGCUGGCGGAGAUUCCUCACAGCCCGGGGCAGGCAGGGAGGACACUCCUGAGACCCCGUCUGCCCAGCCGCCGUCGGAGGAGGAGCAAGAACAGUGGCAGCCAUGGACUCAGCUGCGCCUGUCGGGCCACCUCAAGCCGCUACACUACAAUCUGAUGCUCACCGCCUUCAUGGAGAACUUCACCUUCUCCGGGGAGGUCAACGUGGAGAUCGCAUGCCGGAACGCUACUCGCUACGUCGUGCUGCAUGCCUCCCGGGUCGCUGUCGAGAAGGUGCAGGUGGCCGAGGACCGGGUGGCUGGGGCAGUCCCCGUGGCCGGCUUUUUCCUCUACCCGCAAACCCAGGUCUUGGUGGUGGUGCUGAAUAGGACCCUGGACGCGCAGAGGAAUUACAAUCUGAAGAUCAUUUACAACGCCCUGAUCGAGAACGAGCUCUUGGGCUUCUUCCGCAGCUCCUACGUGCUCCACGGGGAGAGAAGAUUCCUUGGUGUUACUCAGUUUUCACCUACACAUGCCAGAAAGGCAUUUCCUUGUUUUGAUGAGCCAAUCUACAAGGCUACUUUCAAAAUCAGCAUCAAGCAUCAAGCAACCUAUCUAUCUUUAUCCAAUAUGCCAGUGGAAACGUCUGUGUUUGAGGAAGAUGGAUGGGUUACGGAUCACUUUUCACAGACUCCUCUCAUGUCCACGUAUUACUUAGCCUGGGCAAUCUGCAACUUCACCUACAGAGAAACUACCACAAAGAGUGGGGUUGUAGUACGAUUAUAUGCAAGACCUGAUGCGAUCAGAAGAGGAUCUGGGGACUACGCUCUCCAUAUAACAAAGAGAUUAAUAGACUUUUACGAAGACUACUUUAAAGUGCCCUAUUCCUUGCCAAAACUAGAUCUUUUAGCUGUGCCUAAGCAUCCGUAUGCUGCUAUGGAGAACUGGGGACUAAGUAUUUUUGUGGAACAAAGAAUACUCCUGGAUCCCAGUGUUUCAUCUAUUUCUUAUUUGCUGGAUGUCACCAUGGUCAUUGUUCAUGAGAUAUGUCACCAGUGGUUUGGUGACCUCGUGACUCCUGUGUGGUGGGAAGAUGUGUGGCUGAAGGAGGGUUUUGCUCACUACUUUGAGUUUGUUGGUACAGACUACCUCUACCCUGGCUGGAACAUGGAAAAACAGAGGUUUCUGACGGAUGUUCUCCACGAAGUGAUGCUGCUUGAUGGCCUGGCAAGUUCCCAUCCAGUAUCACAGGAAGUGCUACGGGCAACAGAUAUCGACAGGGUGUUUGACUGGAUCGCAUAUAAAAAGGGUGCUGCUCUAAUUAGAAUGCUGGCUAAUUUUAUGGGCCAUUCAGUAUUUCAGAGGGGUUUGCAAGAUUACUUAACCAUUCAUAAGUAUGGCAAUGCAGCCAGAAAUGAUCUCUGGAAUACACUAUCAGAGGCAUUAAAAAGGAAUGGAAAAUAUGUAAAUAUACAAGAAGUAAUGGAUCAGUGGACGCUCCAGAUGGGUUAUCCUGUUAUCACCAUCUUCGGAAAUACAACAGCAGAAAAUAGAAUAAUAAUUACUCAGCAACAUUUUAUUUAUGACAUCAGUGCUAAAGCUAAACCACAUGAACUUCAAAAUAGCAGUUACCUGUGGCAGAUUCCACUAACUAUUGUGGUAGGAAAUAGAAGCCAUGUGUCUUCAGAAGCAAUUAUCUGGGUGUCUAACAAAACAGAACACCACAGAAUAACUUCUUUGAACAAAGGAAGCUGGUUGCUGGGGAAUAUCAACCAAACUGGCUAUUUUAGAGUCAACUAUGAUUUAAGGAAUUGGAGAUUAUUAAUCGAUCAAUUAAUCAGGAACCAUGAGGUUCUCUCUGUCAGUAACCGAGCAGGUUUGAUCGACGACGCCUUCAGCCUAGCCAGAGCUGGCUAUUUGCCUCAAAACAUUCCCCUGGAGAUUAUCAGAUACCUGUCUGAGGAGAAGGAUUUUCUUCCUUGGCACGCUGCCAGCCGAGCUCUUUAUCCUCUAGAUAAAUUACUGGACCGCAUGGAGAAAUACAAUGUCUUCAAUGAGUAUAUUUUAAAGCAAGUUGCAACAACAUACAUCAAGCUUGGAUGGCCAAAAAACAAUUUUAAUGGAUCUCUUGUUCAAGCAUCCUACCAACAUGAAGAACUACGUAGAGAGGUUAUCAUGCUGGCAUGCAGCUUUGGCAACAAGCACUGCCACCAACAGGCAUCAACACUUAUUUCAGAUUGGAUUUCCAGCAACAGGAACAGAAUACCACUAAAUGUUAGAGACAUCGUCUACUGUACAGGAGUUUCACUACUAGAUGAGGAUGUCUGGGAAUUCAUAUGGAUGAAAUUCCACUCCACCACGGCCGUUUCUGAAAAGAAGAUAUUGUUGGAAGCUUUAACUUGCAGUGAUGACAGGAAUUUAUUAAAUAGGCUUUUAAAUCUAUCACUGAAUUCUGAGGUGGUGCUGGAUCAAGAUGCAAUUGAUGUGAUAAUCCAUGUAGCUCGAAAUCCACAUGGCCGAGACCUUGCUUGGAAGUUUUUCAGAGAUAAAUGGAAGAUAUUAAAUACCAGGUAUGGAGAAGCACUCUUUAUGAAUUCCAAACUUAUCAGUGGAGUUACAGAAUUUCUUAAUACUGAAGGUGAAUUGAAAGAGCUAAAGAACUUCAUGAAGAGCUAUGAUGGAGUAGCUGCUGCCUCUUUCUCAAGAGCUGUGGAAACUGUUGAAGCCAAUGUACGCUGGAAAAUGCUUUAUCAAGACGAGCUUUUCCAAUGGUUGGGAAAAGCUCUGAGGCACUAAUAUGUGUCUCUUAUAAACAAUUCGACUCAGAAUUUUUGGGAAGACCUGCUUUGUGUGGAAUGAGGAUAAUGGCCAGAUUUUCAGUGUUAACAUGCGGGAGGAAACUUUUCGUUUAAUUUUUGGUUCUGGGGGAUUUUUUGGUUUCAUUCAUUCUAUUUUGUUUCUCUACUGGGCCUUCUUUAAAGAAACUCUUGCAAAUGAAACUAGCCAUGAUUGCUUCAGCCAUACAUUCCUCGCUAUACAGGACCAAAUAUGAUAGUGGUGCAUGUUGAUGUGGCAGUCAGUAUGGAAAAUCAUAUUCAGAAUAUUUUGUGCAUGGUCGUAUGGUCCUGCCUGUGUUCCAGCAUGCUUAUUUAAAAUGUCCAAUGUUGUAUGUGAAUAUAUGUUACAUCCAGGAUGGGCAUUAUGCAAAAGCACAAAGAUUAUCUAUGACAAUCAGUGUUGCAACGAAAGAAAAACUUUAAGAAGGAGUUCUAGAGUUAGUCCUGGGCAAUAUGAGAGGUGAAAUAGCCCUUUAAGUGAUCAGUGUCACUUAUUUCAGCACUUGGAUUGUCUUGCAAUGAUUACUGUGUGGCUAACUCAUUUUCUUUGAGUUAAAACUGUGUAUACAUUUAAAAAGGCAUAUAGAUAGUGUAUACAUAUGUGUAUGUACAUAGGGGAGCCCCAUAUGUAUAUAGUAUGUUGUACACUGCACUUGUGCAAAGAAUCUCUUCAGAUCAAAGAAAAUUUAUCUCUUUUUAUAAAUUUAGGCAAACUUUGAAAAGGCUUAGAAGAAUUUAGCUCCACAUUAUCCUUCCUGACCAUUUCCUAACUAAAUUUCUCAACUUUAUAGAUUUUUUUCAUCUACUUCCUGAAUUGUCUAUUCUACAUAAAAAAGUGAAUUCAAACAAAAUUUAUGUAUAAACACAGUGCUAAUUUUCUUAAGUGGCAGCCUCACAUCGUAAAUAUAGAUUCUGUGAUCAUUUUAGUUAUACUUCCUAUUUGAUAAAACCGUUGUGCAUACUUAAUGACUAUCAGUGCUGAGAAAGUGUUUAUUUUCCAUCUUGUUUGUUUUUCCAUCUCAUGUUGGGUGGUCCAGAGAGUUAAAAACUCUCUGUGUGUGUUGGUCUUUGUGUCUGUGUGGAUCUAAUCCCCCAUUAAGCAACCAUACCUCAAGCAGACUUUAAUGGACCUUUGAUGCCAGUUGUGCCAUCCAUUAAGAUUAAAAGUUUCUUUUCUUGAGCAAAACUUUUCCUUUGGCACUGCCAACUCUGUUCUACAUGGGAAUUUUAAAUAGGCUUUUCCUCACUGUGUAUUACGUAACACAAAUGUUUUUAAAUGCCAUUCUCACCCAAUGGGCCAGCUCUCCAAACAUUGCUUAGAUGCUCCAAAAUGAACAUAUUUUAAGUUUACCAUUAUGAUACCAAUGCAACUACUGUACAUAAGCCAAAUGUUUGUGUACCACUUUAUAUUUUCCUGAGGUUUCUCACUCUUCCAAAUCUUGCAAAUCACUGAAAGAAAUAUAUUCUAACUCUAAAAGUCACUGAACACUGGGAGGAAAAAAUAAGGUUAUUUUAGAGACCCAUAGAUUUAUUAUAAGCUUGUUUUAAAGAGGAACAAUUUCCUAAUCCAUAGAACAAGU